AUGAUUGAUAUUUUCACCGAAAGCCAGCAGCGCCGCCUCCAACGGGUUUUAAAGGAGCUACCGCUGGGCGAUCGUAGACCCAGCGAGUUGUACCACGAGAUGCGAUGCACUGCUGAACCCGCACUCAGCGAGAGCAUUCUGCACGAUCUGUKKGUUAGUCGUUUACCGCCGUACGCCCAGGCGGCCAUUAUCGCGACAAACGCUCCUAUCGGUGAGAAGAUAAAAAUCGCGGAUUCCAUCUCAGAGUGCUUAGAGCUGAAGGUUGGUAACCAGAUUUGCGAGGUUAGCACCGAACCGUCGUUUCCAGAUGAGUGGUCGAAUCUUCGAGCUGAAGUCGCCGCUUUAACAAAGCAAGUCAAUCAAGUCAUGCGCAACAGCCGCACACAACAGCGCUCUAGAUCUUCAAGUGAAUCACGCAGCAGAAGAGGCACGAUCAAUGUACCGUGCUUGUGCUGGUACUAUACGAAAUUCGGGGCAAAUGCCACAAAGUGUCGACAUCCGUGUACAUUCACACUGUACGAAGAAUAA